GCAGCCCAAUAGAAAAAAAAGCUGGGGGCGGCGGUCCGAACCUUCGGGAAGCUUGGCGACGCAUCGGUCUGCUCCCGGCAGCUCUCUGGAGGCUUCCAUAACCUGCCCAAGUUGUGUCAUGCGCUAGCUCGCCCAACGCCUCGGGGCCCCACUGUGGUCCGGAGGGGUCGAGGCUGCGAACCGCGCGACUGCAACCGCUUAUUACCCCGCCAUAGCUCAACUCCAUUUUACCCCUCCAAAAUUUUCUCGAGGACGGGAUAUCCCAAGGAGAACCGCACACGACAGACAAGAUGCCCGAGCUAUUCAACCCCAUCGGCCAAAAGGUUGAGAAGGUCGAGAAGGUCGCUCCGGCGACCGGCCCCAAUGGGACGACCGAUGACGAUGACGACAAGGUGGUGGAGGAGAUUGAGUCCCUCUGCAUGAACUGCGAAGAGAAUGGCACGACACGCCUCCUUCUGACUAAGAUCCCGUACUUCCGCGAGAUCAUCAUCAUGUCCUUCUCGUGCGAUAAAUGCGGCUUCACCAACAACGAGAUCCAGCCUGCCGGCACCUUCCAACUUAAAGGCGUACACUACGAGCUCCGGUUGACCUCCCUGGACGAUUUCCAGCGGCAGGUCAUCAAGUCAGACACAGCCACUGUCAAGUUUAUCGAACUCGACGUCGAGAUCCCCGCAGGAAAAGGCCGGCUCUCCAACGUGGAGGGCCUGCUGAGCUCCAUCAUCGAGGACCUGGCUUUCGGCCAAGAGAAGCGCAAGGAAGAAGCCCCUGAAGUAUACGCCAAGGUCGAGGAGAUCAUCACGAAGGGGAGAAAGAUGCUCGCUGGCGAUGCAUUCCCGUUCCGCGUUGCCGUCGAUGACCCUGCCGGCAACUCGUUCAUCGUACCUGACCCGCGCGACGGCGUGGGCAAGUGGGAGAAGCGCGAGUACCUCCGCACGCCCGAGCAGAACGCGGCCCUCGGUCUCGCAGACACCUCUGCGACGGGCGACCUGGACGCGGAUGGCAACAUCAUCCCCGACCAGGUCUAUUCGUUCCCCGCCUCUUGCCCGGGUUGCCUGCACCCCUGCACGACCAACAUGAAGAUGGUCGACAUCCCGCACUUCCGGCAGGUCGUCAUCAUGAACACGACGUGCGAGGACUGCGGCUACAAGUCCAAUGACGUCAAGACGGGCGGCGAGAUUCCCGAGAAGGGCCGCAAGGUGACCCUCCGCGUCCGUAACGCUGAGGACCUCGCCCGCGACAUCCUCAAGAGCGAGAGCUGCGCCCUCGAGUGCCCGGAGCUUAACCUGUCGGUCAACCCGGGCACGCUCGGCGGUCGCUUCACCACCGUCGAGGGCCUGCUGACCCAGGUGCGCGACGACCUGCACAACCAGAUCUUCGAGGCCGACGCCGAAGCCGGCGAGGCGGCUCGCAAGAAUGAUUCGCUCAGCCCCGGCGAGAGGACUCGCUGGGAGGAGUUCUUCACCAACCUCAACGCCGCCAUCAAGGGCGAGAAGGAGUUCACCAUCGUGCUCACCGACCCGCUGGCGAGCAGCUACGUCCAGAGCCUCGCGGACGACCCCAGCCAGCCCGACGAGCAGAUUAUUGUGGAGGACUAUGACAGGACGGAUGAGGAGGAGGAGGAUCUGGGUCUCAAGGAUAUGAAGACGGAAGGGUAUGAGCAAGACGUUUAGAAACCGGAGAAGGGUGCGGGUUUUGUUGUCUUUGGUAUUUAGAUUUUGGUGGGAUUUUUUUUUCUCUUUUUCUUAUGGUGACGGCCUUCCUCUCGU